AUGCCCGUGACUCUUGGGAAUCGGGCAAUCUGCUCCAUUCACCUCGAUGAACCCAGUCUUUUCCUGUCAGGAUUUGAAUCCUUGUGCCAGGACUGUUAUCAGGAGCGGAAUGACACUGCAUUAUUACGAGGAACACUCCAGCUGCAAGUCACAAGAAACACGAAGAUCAAGUCAGUGCAGCUUAGGCUGGUGGGACGCACUCACUUGGCCUGGCAACAGGCAACGCAACCAGACUUCCACGAGGAAUGUAACAUGCCAACACAAGUGUCGACAUUCUUCAGCGCCUUGAACAACCUUGAAAAGAAUGAUUUUGGGUUCCAGUGCAGAUACCAGUUGCAGGGCGCAUCAGGCUCCGACAGCAACCUUAUGAAUGAAGGAAAUACAUUGGCACCGUUGGAUCUAAAUCUUCACAGCAUCAUGGGUGCCAAAAAGAGACGGCGUUUGGCUCUUGACAACGUUCAAGCACAAUAUUACAACCAUGGCAAUACGAUUCGACCCGCAACUGAAGUACAAGACUACAAGAUUUUCAGCCCGGGUACAUACGAUUAUCCCUUUGCAUUCUCAAUCGCACAAGACGAACUGGAGACGAUCAAGGUACCAUAUGGCUCUGUGAAGUGGGAGCUACGUGCAACUAUCGCUCGCGCUGGUAUGUUCAACACCAAUCUUCGUGGCAGAAAAGAGGUUACAUUGGUGAGAAUUCCAGAUCCAUUAUCUCUGGAGACGAUGCAGCCGAUCCUGUUUAGCCGGCAAUGGGAGGACUUUUUAUACUACGAUAUAAUCGUAGGGGGAAGAAGCUUCCCUAUCGGCAGCAUGAUCCCUAUCUUCCUUCGGCUGGGGCCUCUGGACAAGGUCCAAGUGCAUGGGUUCGAGGUCUUGGUAACCGAAUCUAUAGAAUACUCGUCGAAUAACAAGAAGGUUAUCAAGAGGACUCCCAGUCGCACCGUCCUUCUCCUCAAGAAGACAGCUGAGAAAGCUAUUUUCCCUUCAUGGGCGACUUCAGGCCUCGUAACCGUCCGUGAUGGCGAAUUCACCCCAGAGCCGAGAAACGAGACUUGCGAAAUGGCUACCGAACAAAGGAGUGCAGAGGCAUCAGGGGAGCGGACAUUGGCCGAUACUGUGACAGAGAGACGAGACAGCCUUUUGUUCAACUCGGAUCUGGAUUUGCCGACUUUCUGGGGUACAACUGAGAUCGAAGCAGCUGUGCAGAUCCCCACGUGUGGUAUGAUGUUGAGGAGGGGGGACCUAAGGCUGCACCCCAAGUGUAUAUGGAAGAAUGUCGUUGCAAAGCAUUGCCUGAAGAUCAUACUGCAUAUCAGCCUUCUUGAUGCCAAUAACCCGGCUGAGAAAAAGCGCAUCUAUCGAGAUACCAUCACAUACUUGCCGCUUGCUCUUCUUAACUGUCGAGCCAACCAGGCUAACAUGAGCCUUCCUUCCUACUCUGAUGAGACAUUUCCGUCUCUGAGCUAUCACAAAAGCUGUGGGUGCCCUGAUGCUUUGACCAUACCGAUCGAAAAGCCACCCCGCCAUUCCAUUGGAGGGCUGGCUGCGUGCCACCUUGUCGCUGACGGGCAUAACGCCCACCCUACCACAAACUCAUGGCAACCCACUGAUGUAUCGGGGGACCACACCUUCGACCUGUCUAGCUCCGAUAGCGACAUCACACCACCAGCCGUCCCCGCACUCAUCAACGACGAACUCCCACCACACUACGAUGACAUUGUGCGUGGCACUGGUCUCAACGGCCUUGGAGAUCAUUUCUCCAAUCUAGCACGUUAUGGAUGA